UAAAUAGGUUCGGGGGAGAAUUUGGGAAUCAUUGUAGGAGAGAGAUGGAAUUGGGAGAUGCGAAGAAGAGAUGCGGAGAUGUAAUAGAGAGAAUAGAGAGAUUGCCAGGUUCCACCAAAAUCACUGCUUCUUGCAAACGCACUCUCCUCAAGUUGGCUCGCUCUGAACUCAGAUUCCUCUCCCGCGUCAGCUCCAGCUCCACCUCCUCCACUCCCCCCCUCAGUGUCAAUAUCGGCCACCUCGAGGCAGUUGUUCACAUUCUCCAGCACCCUUUCAUCACCGGGGUUUCUCGCGUUUGCAAGCCUAUUCCUUUGUCUCCCAAAACUUGUUUCAAACAUGUCCAUGUUGAUAUCGUUUGCACUCUCAAUAGGAACCCUGUCUGGAUUCUUGUGUCUCAUAGAAAUCCAAAAUACAUUACUUGGAGGAAUGAUGAAUCCCAAACAAAUCAGACUAAGGGCUUGCAAUUCCGGAUUCAGCAACUCACCGCCGCCGCCCGCUCUGCUCUCUCACUCAAACCUUCCUCACUUAUUCUUUUCUUUUCACAUGGACUUAGCACCAUCCUAUCUGAUCGACUCAAGCAUGAAUUUGGGGCCACUGAACUUCAAUUGGGUUUUCCUAAUUUUCAUUUUCAUUUCGAUCUCAUGGAGGAAGCCGGUGAUUGGAUUAAUGUUUUAGUUGCCACAACAUCAUAUCAGGAGGCAUGUGUGUUUGAGAUAGAGGUUGGUGAUGCUGUUUUAAGUUCUGAUGUCAAGGACUCCUGCCCCAUGCCUGCCAAGUGGGAAAUGCUAGAGGACCACACACCUUUUUUUCCAGCAUUCUCUUCUCUGAUUUCAAAAAUGAACUUGCUCUCUUUGGAUGUGAAAAACACGGAGACAGCAAAUCUUCUGGGUGACUGCCAUCUUGUAAACUUUGGUACAACUGCUUUGAUUGCUCUUGUUUCGGGUAUUAGUAAUGGAGGUACAGAGAAACUUUUGGCUACUCCAGAAAGUGAAUUGAGGCAGCGAUUUAAGGGCAACUAUGAGUUUGUGAUUGGACAGGUGAUGUCUGAAAUUCAGAAUCCAAUUCUUGUUGAACUUAGUUGCUCAAUAUCUGGAAAGCGAGGUAUUAUUUGUGAAAGCGUUCAUUCAGAGUUCAAGGAAUUAGUGUCAAUGUUUGGAGGGCCUAAUGAGAAGUUGAGAGCUAGUCACCUACUAAAGUAUCUCACAGUUGUUCCUGAUAGUCCCUCUAAACGCAUGAUGAGCCUUCCGACCACUCGAAAACUGGCUUUGAAGAAUAAGGUUGUUUUUGGUACCGGUGAUUAUUGGCGUGCUCCAACUGUAACAGCUAAUAUGGCAUUUGUGAGAGCGGUUUCACAAGUGGGGAUGUCCUUGUUUACCAUUGAGCACAGACCACGGGCUUUAACUGGUGAUUAGUUCUGUGAUGUCUUCAGAUUAAAAACUGAAACAUACUGACUUGGAUAGUAAUGGCAGGUUGUGGCAUUUUCAAACUGUCCUGCUGGAUCAGCUGGAACUUGGAACUUGAAAUAGUCAGAAAGCCUAGAGUUUUGCUCCUUCAUCAUUUGGGUAAUGAUUUGAUCUUAUGUGAUAGUCUAUAACUAUUUUAUCUUUCUAGUAUUUAGUUAUUAUAUUAGGAGUGGCUUACGUGUGUAUAUUUGACAAAAUGGCAUUAUAUUAAAUGCACUAAUGGAGUAAAUUGCGUAGAUUGAAAAUAA